CAGCAUUGUGCAAUAGCCAUAGUGAGCUGUGCUGCUCCAGAUGUGUUGAGCUUAAUCACAGCCAGUGCAGUAAAGUGACUCCAAUUAAUGAGCUGACUGACAUGCAGCCCACAGACCUACAGGGACUGUCAGUGGAGCUGGAAACUGUUCUGGGAGAAAUCAAAAGCCUUCAGAUCAGUCAGGAGCUCAGUGUUCAGGCAUUGCUAAGAACAUAUAAGGAACAUGGGGCAGUCAUGAUAGAACAAAUGCGUGGCAAUUUAAAUUUUAAUAUAGAUGAUAUAGAUGAGUGUGGUAAUAGUUAUGUGAGUACAUCGGGCGGACAUGAGCAAUAUUUAAAAGAAGAGAUGUGUUGGAGUGUUCUUUUUAUCUUGAAUGAAUUUGAUAAUAUUACUGUGAAGGAACUAAACGAGAUGAGAGAUGAAGUUAUAAGCAUAAAAGGGUCAAUUACAAGUUCUAUUCAUAAAUGCACCAGUCUUCACAAUGACUUGUCACAUUUCCAUGAAUUUGUUCAGAAAAUCGGAGAUAAUAAGGAGCUCUGCCUUAUAGCCAGCAUAAAAUGUAAGCAUAUAAUACAGCAGGCAUUAACUCUGCUAGGAAAGUCAGGCAAGGUGUUUAAUGUCCAGAGUAUUACUAAGCAUAAUGUGAGAAUACCAAGUGAUAAAGAUGUAUGUAAUAUCAGUGGCAUAUGUGUUCUUCCCGAUGGUCAGGUACUGGUUGUAGACUGGAUAAAUAAGAAUGUCAAGCUGCUGAACCAGCAAUACCAGGUGGUGAGUCACUGGGAUGUGAAUGCUUAUCCACAGGCCAUAUGUUUGGUCACACCCAGUGAGGUUGCAGUGGCUGUGAAUUAUAGCAACAUAGGUGAGGUCCAGUUUAUCACUGUCAACCAAGGAAAGCUUGUUCUUGGCAGGAAGUUUCAGUUACAACAUCAAUGUAGAGAUAUCGCCCAUCACCAAGGAGAUCUUUUUGUCACCUCUGGUAAAGAACUGUCCAAAUACAUGCUGAAUGGCAAACUGAUCUGCAGACUCUACCAAGAUAGAUCAACUGAUACUACAGACCCAGCACUAGGUGGCCCACGUGGUCUACAUGUGACCCCUGCAGGCCAGGUGCUGGUCUGUGGAUACCUGCCCUACUCUGUACUACAGGUGGGCUGGGAGGGAGAGAGUAAGCUGUCCACUCUGGCUACUCACAAGGAUGGAUUAUGGUACCCAUGGUCAAUCUGCUACAGCAGCUCCACGUCAUCCAUCAUUGUGGGACAGCAGUGGAACGACAUCCUGGUGUUCAGAGUGGAAUAG